AUGCGAAAUCGGCGCUUCGGCUCGAUCGUUAGUGUGAACGAUGGAGGAGAUAAAAAGAAGGGAACCUGGAACUUUCUGAAACGACGGAGCUCUUCCAACAACGCCAUCAGCAAGAACAAUGUCGUAAGUGAUCAGCCAUGAAUAAUGCAUCUUUAUGGGUUUGUGCCGUUUCUUGUUCCCUUGUUUAGAAGGUUUCGGAUGUGGAUCCGGAGGAAUAUUCGGAUGGAAAAGACCGCAUACUUCCACCGAUAUUCACCAUGGGAGACCAGCCGGAGUUGAUCUCUAAAUUGAGGGAUUCUUUUGUGAACUUCUUGGGAUGGAUACUCAAAUGGAGAGGGCGAUACCUUCAAAUUAUCUGGGACUGAUCGGUCGGGGUUUUGUGAGUCAGAGGAAGUGGAAAGAUGGAGGUCGAUGUCGGGCGUCUGCCACUUCUUUCGGGUCCAAAAUGCGCGCGGUUUGUGUCCAGAAAACGCUUUAUUGAACAGAAAAUAUAAGUCGCUGUUCUUUAGGGCUAGAUCUCGGUUCUAUGUUUGUUUUUAUCCGCUUAGGUCAGGUUCGCGAAGUCUAAAUAUAUUUUUAAUAAUAGGAAGGGGAAUUGUUUAUAUUUAAAUUUGCUGUAUAUUAUUGGUUGAUUGCAGCAGCUUGUUGCCCAACAUCCGAGUGGUCUUCCCAGCUCCUCGGCUAACACUUCUCCCACAAAUAACGAGAAUCUUCCACCUUUCCCGAGAACAACACCCGACCCUAAAAACAAGGUCUAUCAGAAACAAUCGCCGACUACCUCUAACUACUCUAACACUAAUUCUUCGGGUAAUUUAUUGUUUUUGCAAUGGUCAACGUUCAUAGGUAAUAUCUGGAACGACGCUUCAUUUUGUAUUUUUUUUUCGUUUGCGCGCCCAUUUGUUUGGAACGUUUUAAUGCUGACCUUGCCGUCAUUUCGUCUUAAUUUCGAUCUUGUUUUAGGUAAUUCAGCUUCGGAACGUCCAGAUUCGGCCAACUCGGAGCUCUCCCGUACCCCGAGAAAAAUGAUUGUGAGUUGUUGGCGCCUUUUUUUUGAGAGAUAGUUGAUUUUUAUUUUUUGGAAUGAAUCCAGGUAUUGCAGCACCCUCCAACUAAUCCACCGCCCGCGGUCCCAGGUUCGGCCAAUUCAGCUUAUUACCCAAAAAGGUUGAAUAACGAUUUGAUCAUGUCAAAUGGAGCUAGCGGAGCUGUUCCUUCAGCCAAUGGCAAGUCCUUUAUGGCCCCGUCUACGCCAAAUGGAAAGCCUGCUCUUCCCGCCAAGCCAACAGUGAUCCAUUUAAAUGAAGAAGAGGAGAAAGAAAACAUCCAGAAUGGUGAGAAGAAUGGCCGAUACCCGAAAGUAAAGUUGAAUGGUCGUGUGGGAUUUGCUUCCCUUCCCUAUCAGGUUGUCAGAAGAUGUCAGAGUAAAGGGUACAUUUACCUGUCCCUUUAUUUAAAUUUAAUUUUUGUUUCAGGUUUCAGUUUAAUCUUCUUUGUGUUGGAGAGACAGGUACUGGAAAGACUACCUUGAUCGAAUCUCUGUUUGGAAUCACUUUGGAUGACUUCUCUCCAUGUGACAAUGAAUUGAAUACCGUCGAAUUGAAGACGAAAGAAUGCGGUAAGAGGGAUAGAGAUAUUUGAAUCUUUUGUAGAAAUCACGGAAGGCGAGGUCAAUGUAAAACUGAGAGUCGUGGAGACGGCUGGAUUCGGAGAUCAAUUGGACAAGGAAAAGAGUGCCAAAGUCAUCGUCGAUUUCAUCAACGAUCAAUUUGAGACACGGCUCAAGGAUGAAUUGAUGGUGAAAAGGAAUCUCUCUUCUUUCGAUGACAAGAGAAUCCAUGCCUGCCUUUAUUUUAUAUCCCCUACUGGCCAUGGGUAAGUAUUUCCGGGGGUAUUAUAAUGGCUUCUGCAGAUUGAAAGCGUUGGAUAUUGUGACGAUGAAAGAACUCAGUAAACGAGUUAAUGUUAUCCCUGUCAUUGCCAAGUCCGACACCACUAGCAAAGAAGAAUUGGCCAGGUUUAAGUCUAAAAUCCUCUCCGAAUUGAAGUCCCACAACAUUGAGAUCUAUCAAUUCCCUACAGACGAUGAAGCUGUAGCCGAACAGAACCGAAGAAUGAAUUCUUUUAUGCCUUUUGCUGUUGUGGGCAGUGUAGAUACUGUAACCAAAGAGGACGGCUCUGUUGUUAGAGCCAGAAGAUAUCCAUGGGGCAUUGUUGAAGGUAAGGUGAAACAUGAAUAUUACCAAUUCUCUUUUAGUGGAGAACAAGGAACACUGUGACUUUGUUUAUCUGAGAGAGGCCGUUCUCAGAAUCAACGUUGAUUCGUUGAGAGAACGGACUCAGGAUGUUCUCUAUGAAGCCUAUCGAAGAGAACGGCUCAGGGAACUCAAAAUGAGGGAUGGCGAUGCUGGACCGAACAUGGAGAAGGCUUGUGAACUUGUAAGUUUAAAGGGUUUACAUCAAUUAUCUAUGCGAAGACAUACAUUAAUAAUUUUUAGCGGCAAAAAGAAUUCGAACAAGAGUUGAAGAACAGGGAUGAGCAAUUCCAUCGAGACUUUGUAAAGAGAGUUGACGAAAAGGAAGCGGAGAUUAAACGUCGUGAGGAAAUGGUAAGUCAGGGGGAUAAUUUAUGAUCUUAUUCUUGCAGAUGAACAUCAGACGAAGGGAGAUUGAGACCAAAUUCAGAGAUGAAAUGGCCAGUUUGGAUCAGCAGAUUUCCCAUCUAACCGAAGAAAAGAACCGACUCGAAGGAAAGGGAUCAGCCCGGGAUUCUGGAAAGAAAUCGAAGAAGUGA